CUUGAUCCCGUGCAAUGCUUGGCAUUCAUUCAGAAAGCCAGAUCAAUCAACGUGUCCCCUAAUGAAACUAUUGUGUAUACUUGCAGGUCAGCGUGUUUCCAUGUUAUAUUAUUUAAAUGAGCAAAUACAUUCCUAUCAUGGUUGUUUCUAUCCAAUAUUCAAUAAAAAAUAAUUCUUUGGGUAUAUGUUUUUCUCUCCAAAAUUCAGAAACGGUGCAGUGAAGAGCGGACUGGCUUUUGUGUUGUCUGUUUUGCUGGACAAAUUAGACGUCGGUGGUUCGAUCACGGUUCCUCUCGUGGUUGGCGCCGUCAAGGCCAUGAAGCCAGAGGCUAUUCCAACACUGGUCAGUUUGAAAAAUUAA